GCAGCGGCAGCGGCAGCAGCAGGUGUAGCAACGUCUCCUGCGCGGAACGUCGAGACAAUGUCCGACGGUUCUAAGAUGGGCCUGUUUGGCUCCAAGGACCGGAAUCAGGAACAGAAAGAGAAAUCUUCCAAGGACAACUCCCCAGCCCGUUAUGCGCCAUACGGCGUCGACAGCGACACCGAGACCUACGACACUGAGGCCCUGAGCAUGAUGGAUAUCAACGAUAUCAUCGGUGUGCAAUCCGGCGAGCAGAUCGGCGACUCGACUCUCGAGAGCGAAAUCGCCGCUCUUUCGCAGAUCAUUACAGAAUCCAAGAUAGAGGACUUUAAGUCAGUGACGCAAGAGGAUUCUUCCGAGCAUCCCACUUGUAGCACUGUCUCUAUCGCGGGCGUUCCUAGUGCCGACGAGUUGAGUACUGUGUCUGAAAAGUCUACAGAUAUCAUCGGCGAGAUGCAGAAGGAGAUGGCCGAUUUCAUUUGUGAUAGCGCGGAAACGGACCGUACAGUUAAACAUGAUGAAGCUUCCGACGUGAGUACUAAUGAAACGGUUGCUGAUGCACCCACCGUUUCUACAUCGGAAUCGUCUUCCACUGACAAGUCGCGCCUUGAGACUUAUUGGUCCGAGGCUGUCACGUUGACCGGUAUUUUACAGAAAACUCUCCGGAAUGAGCAGACAAGUGUUGCCGAGAAGACGGAAGAUGAGAUAACCAAAGGCGGUAUAAGGCCUGUGGUAACGGUCGGCAAUAUUAGCAAGAGUUUGCAAUUGAUAGGAGAAGCAUAUAACUCUGAGGAUUCGGAGGAAACAGACGUGAACGAGGGCGACUCGCCAAAAGAGACUCCACCACUUUCUCUUCCUAAAGAUACUUUGUUGCCGGAUGUUUUUGCGAAGCAGCAAGACAAUUCUGAGGUAACUCAUGUGCUGGAGCAAAAUACUGAAAACUCGUCAAAGUCAAAUGACACUGCAAGCGCGUCUAUUUCAGAAGAAUCGUCGCAACAUGUUUUGCAAGACGACACUACUGUAAACAAAGUAGCAGAAUGUCUUGAUAACAAGUCAAUUUGCAAGCAACAAAGUGGAAAUGAUACUGAAGUAGAAAUGGACACGACUGAGGAAACAGUAUUAAAACAUCAAUCUUCCAAUGAAACUUGUAAAGAAACCACGGGUACAUUUAUCGAUAGACCUGCCAUGUCGCCAAUGCAAAUAACGAAAGAUAGGGAAGAAAAUGAGGAAAAUACUCAAGUAGAAUCAGCCGUUGUUUCUGAUACGGAAAAGCAAGAGAGUUGUACAAUUUAUAGUGAAAAAGAAUUGCUAGAUACAAGAAAAAUAAGUGAUGUGAAAAACGUACUCGAAUGCAAAGAUGAAGACGCCCUUUCAGUAUCUGCAGAUAAAACUCGAGAGUCUACCUUAACCGAGAUACCUGAUACGGAAUUGAAUAUAACAGAAGUGACAAAGAAAAAUAAUGAUUCUCAGGAUGCCAUCGAUGAAAGCUCUCAGGCAAUACUCGAGAUCGUUUCGAUAACGGAUAAAACUAUUGACGAUUCCCAAGAUACAGGUUCUACAGAAAAAAAUGUCGAAAAAACUGCUGUAAUUUCUGACAAUCAAUUAGUGGAUGUAGUUAAUGCUAAAGAAAUCUCUGUGCCAAUGGACAAAAGUGCACUUGAAAUUAUAUCAGAUGCAAUUAAUAAAGAAUUAAGUUUAUACAACGAAGCUACGUCAAUGAAUCGUCCAGAUAUUGAAGAGAAAAAUGUAAUGGCUAAUGUGCAACCUGCAGGCAGUAAUUUGCUCAGUGAAGAAAACUCAGAUUUGUGCUCGAAAAAUAUAAUAAUCCAGGAUGAUCCUGCUAAAGUUGAUAAUUCGGAAGAAACAAAUGUGCAAGAAAAUAUUGUUGAGCAAAUACUCGAGACCUCAGUUGAGCAUGACAAAUUUGUUAAACAAUUUCCAUCUGUGUCAGAAAAAGCUCAAGUUAAAGGUAUUACAUCUAGUAAAUUGGACGAAUUACAUUCGGCUCCAGUCUCGCAUGAAGAUUCAAGUAACACAAUUGAAACUAUAAACAAGUCCGAGGCUGAAGAAGCAGAGGACAUGGAGAAGAAUAUACCAGAACCUGGCAAUAAAGAUGAAAAUGAUAUUCCAUCGAGGGAAAAUGAACCACAGCAAUCAUGCAUUCAAGAACAAGUCGAGUCAUCUGUGCAAAUGGAAGAAGACGAUGUAACGGAUAAUGCUUGUAAUAUAAUACGGGAGGCAGAUGAAAAGAUUACUGCUCAAGUGAGCGAUACAGCAGUGAAAGUAUCAGACUUAAACGAGGUAAACAUGAAAAAGACUGAAAGGGAAGACAAAGGUCAUGAAAUGAGUUUGGAUUUGGAAAGAAUAAUUCCGCGGACAAAUCCAGAGAGUGUCGACUCACAAGACGAUAGAGAGACGAAGCCAUGCGAAGAAAUUGCAAAAUUAUCCACGGAAUCGAAAGAAUCGAUCGAGGUGAAUGUAACUCCGACAACUGAGGAGAAUAAUCUGGAUGGAGUUGUAGAAGAAUCUACCGAUGCCAAUGUACAACCGAACACGAUUGAUAUUUCUCUGCUACAAGAAAGCUCGAAUGAAAAGAUGAAUGCGAAAAAGUUGACGGAGAAACUAUCUCAAGAUUCGGAAAGUCUGGAUGCUUCAGCUACUGCUCAAGCUGUAGAUGCUCUGGAAGGACUUUUGGACAUGACUCUUACGUCGGACAGUGAAAACUCGUCGUUAAAGGACAUGAAAACUGAAGAUAAAGCUUUAAUGGAAGAAAUAGUAAGUAAAAAUAUUGAUAUGGAUCUCUUGUUAGAUCAGGCAAAUGAAAGCGACGCAACCAUGACGCAAAGUUCAGACUACAUAACAAACGUGAUUGCCAGUUGUUUGACAAACAGAGAUAAUGAAACGAGCGAGGCUGAUAUGAAUAUACCGAGUAACGAUAAAAGUACCGAAAACGAAAAUAGUAGCCUGAGACUGAGCGAAGAUGCGAGUACGGAGCCGGUGAGCGAGACGGCGGAUAAUGAAAAACUGGAAGAAUCUCUCGGAACGGAUAGCAACCUGCAGCAGAACGACUUGGACAUGGAUUUCGGGAGCAACCGCUUGGAAUCGGCCGAUUCGGAGGAGAGUGAAACGAAGCUCGAGUUGCCACACAUUCUGCUGGAGAGCGUGCGAAUGAGAAUCUCGAUGCCGAAUGAGAAUCUCCCUCGACACGCCGACAUCCCGCCGACUGUCAUCGAGAAUUCGCAGUCGAGCUCGGAGAUCUCCGAGUUGGAAUCCGCGGUCAAGUUCUUGCAAGAGUCCGAGGAGCAGACGAUAGACUCGCUGGUGCUCUCGCCGAAAAUGGUGGAGAGCGUCGUCGAGGACAUAACGAAGCAAGCGAACGCGGAGCUUUACGUGCCCGACGAGAUGGUGGAUAAUUACGCGAACGCCGAGUCCGAAUUGGCGCAGCUGAGAGAUGCCGCCGCCGCCGCCGCCGUCGAUUCAUUCUCCAUCUCGGAAGCCGAGAUCAUAUCGGAGGCCGCUAAGCUGGAAAACGAGCGGAAAUUUGCAGCGCAGAUGCAGAACGUUCCCAGUAUCGUUGUCAAGGACACCGAGGAGGUGAGCGCGGCAACGGAGGAUCGCCCCAAGACUUCACCCGAUGCAAUUUCUGCCGCGGAUAAUUCCUCGAAUGUGCAAACGAUGGAACGAUCGCGCGAACAAGUGGGGACUGAACCCGACGUCAGAUCGAGCGAAGGUAUUCUGAAGGCGUGCGAGCUGAUGCCGAGGGUGUCGAUAUUGGAGGAACGACUCAAGGAACCGCCAAAGAUCGAGAUACCCGUGCCGGAUUCGGCCAAGGUGCUGGAAUCCUCCAUCAGCCCGAACGAUAGUCUUCUCAUACCGAAGGACGCGAGAGCUGUCGCGUACUCGAGGAUGCUGGAGUCGCCGAAAUCUGCCGACAAAGUCGAGCCGCGCAAGGACUCGGAGAAGCACUCGGACUUGGAGAAUGUCGGGUCGCCGAGGAUAAUCCUAAAGAUCGCCAAGUCGGCGAUCACGGACUGCAGCGAGCCGCGAUCGCCCAAGAGCCCGAAGAUCCGAUCGGCUACGAAUUCGCCGAAUCCGGAGGACAGUCCUGGCCAAAAGUUGGGAAAGAUUAAAUUGAAGCUGUCGAAGGGAGGCCACCCCUCUAUAAUAUCCAACGAGAAUCUGGACGAGGUCAAUCAGUGGCACACCACUGAUAACACGUCGUCGUCAUCUCCCAUCGGCAUGAAGAUCAAGCUGUCGAAAUCCGGCGACGCUUCGAUCGUCGCCACAGAGAGACACGAGGGUGCGGACGACGCGAAGGAGAGUACCAAGUACAAGAUCGAAGAGCCGAAAAGAACCGACUCGCCGAUCGGUAUGAAGAUAAAGCUAUCAAAGUCUGGAGACGCCUCGAUCAUCUCCGAUUCCAGGCAACAAGAUACCAAAGAAGCUCUUACGAAGCACAAGGAGAAAUUGGAGAUACCGCAGGGCAGUCCGAAAAGGACAGAGUCGCCAAUAGGGAUGAAGAUCAAGCUCUCCAAAACUGGUGACGCUUCUAUCGUUCCGACCGAUAGGCAAGAGUCUUUAGAAGAGCAUAAGGAAGGUGCGCAGAAGCGAACCGAUUCUCCGAUCGGCAUGAAAAUUAAGCUGUCCAAGACCGGUGACGCGUCCAUCGUAUCUCCGGAUGUUGCCGAGGAUUCUUCGACGAAGCUGAAGGAAAAGCAGGACUACUCGGCAGAACUGCCCAAGAGGACCGAGUCUCCGAUCGGAAUGAAGAUCAAGUUAUCCAAGUGCAAAGGCGGCGCGUCUAUUAUCUCUAUGGACAGCGCUGAAGAUACGAGAGACAAAUUGGAGGUACCCGAGCCACCUAAACGCACUGAAUCGCCGCUCGGUAUGAAAAUUAAGUUAUCCAAAACCGGAGACGCGUCUAUCAUACAUUCCGAAGUUACGGAAGACACGAAAGAGACGAGACACAAAGACAAGCCCGAGACAUCGCAAGACAAGGCAAUCCCGGAGUCCUCCGGGAUCAAGAUCAAGAUGAGGACAGUCGAAGCGGCAUCGUCGGUAUCGACGGACGUUACCGAAGAGCUAGAUGCGUCCGAAUUAUCCACGGGCAGCAUUCCGAGGAUCAAGGUAUCCAAAUCUGGGGAUACAGCGUCGGUAGUCUCCAAUAAAACGGAAUCAACGGAAGAGUCGAGAUCACGGGAAGGUCAAGUAGACGUACCGAAGAGAACGGAGUCACCGCUUGGUAUGAAAAUCAAACUGUCCAAGAGCGGCGACGCUUCCAUCGUGCAGAGCGAAGCUGAAGAGCAUCCAAGUAAGAGUACGCGUCUACCCGAUGUGGAAUAUUCGAAAGGCGGCGACUCGUCCCUCGGGAUGAAGAUCAAGCUAUUCAAGACGGGCGAUGCUUCGGUAGUGGAGACACCGUCUUCCGGUUCUUCCGAAAAGAAGGACAAGCAGCAAAGACGCAGCAGGGACACUGCCGAAUCGCCGCUGGAGAUGAAGAUCAAGCUGUCCAAGACCGGCCACCCCACUAUCGUAGCCUGCGACAGUCACGGCGAAUCCUCCACGCACAAAAGUAAGGAUUCAGCGGCUCUGGAUCCAGCGAUAAGUUUUCCUCACAGGCAUAUGGAGCAUGCUGCGACGCAUAAGGAGUCCGCGUUAAAGAUUCUCAAAGCCGGCGGUCAUCAUCCGUCCAUUCUGCAGAGCAAUCGUUCCGAGCUGACGAUCGAGCCGGUGCAGAUUCAGAGCAGAAAGCAGACUCCGGCGGAGAGUGGCCAGCAGCAGCUCGAAAUCUCGCCCAAGCGUAAAGACGUAACGAUCUCGCCGGUUGAGAGCAAGAAGUCCAAGCUGGAGGCGCAGCUCUCACAUAUCCUGCCGGAGGUCACCAUCCAACCGGUCAUGUGUCGGGAUCAGAAACAGCAGCAGCAACAGCAGCAGCAGCAGCAGCAACAGCUGUUGUUCGAUCCGAAGACGAGUCUGAUUAGUCGACAGCAGAUGAACGUGAUCAAUCAGGAGAUCAGUAUUACACAAGUACGGCCAGACAACGCGGUCGACAAGUUCAAGGAUAUCAUGUGCAAAAAUUCGCCCGGCGGAUUGUCGGAUUGCGAGAUCAUCGAGCAUCGCCCGGAGCUGAUAAUCGUCAAUGAGAAUUCAAACUCCAGCCAGGAUGUUGUCAUCAUAGAGGAGGUGGCACCUAACAAAGUGGCCGAUAUCAAGGUGCCGAAGAAGAGAGGCAGGCCGCGUAGAAAUCCCGCUGCGGUCCAGCACCCACCCGCGCAAAUGCUGAUGCCUAGGGAUCCCCUGGCUUUGGACGAGGUGCAGCAAGUUCCCCAACAAUUUGAACACAGGGAAAACGAGAGACCUAAGAGAACCUGCAGAAACCAGAAGAGUUACGCUCCGCCCAAAAGAGGCAGAGGAGGACGAGGUCGCGGUAAACGGAAACUAGAUAAUGUGGAACCUCAAGUUGGAAAGAAGACUCGUGUAAAUCAAGACUUAUCCGCCAUUGAGGCGUCAACAACGGCUGUCAUUACUAUCGACGAAACACCAGUACAACAAGAGUCACUUCAGAAAUCUUCAGAACUGUACAAGGCGCUGAAACAACCACCCAUAGAUCGUAAGGGGAAAAAGGAUUCUAAAAAAGACUCGAAUUCUGAAAUUGCAAUACUAGACCCUGCCAGAUUGUCCUGCAUUCAGGAAGAUUCGACAAAGGCGUCUACGAGUCAGGACUUGAAAGCUGACGACGAUCAGCAUAAGAAACCGGUGUUAGAAAUCGUUUCUGAGAGGAUACAGAAGUCGGCGGUGAAGCAACAUGCCGAGAAUAAAAGUAAGAUGUCGGAUGGGAUUAAGGAGAUACCUGUACCUCCCGGACAUUCGAAUUGGCUAACACCAACGUCGAAGAAGCAAGCAGAUUCGACGGCCAUCAGAGGCGAAACAGUGUCGACGGUGCAAGUGAUCGACGAAGAAACAAGAAUGAGUGCCGAAUCCGGCUCAAGGUCCCAAACACCAGCUAGAAAUAUACCAGCACCAACCUCGGAGACAAUAAUAAAUGAAGAGUCGCAAGGUAGUGUCUUGAGCACUGCUACAACAGAAUCAGAAAAGGUCAAAGUAAAGAACCGAAGGAUGGAGAUUAAUUUUGAUCCCGAUGAAGGACCUUUCACUGUUGAUAAAAUAGCAGAAUACGAAUGGCCACUAGAUCGAAAGGGUGAAACCUUUAUGAUACAAGAACAGAUAUCACAGUAUCUUGGUGUCAAGUCUUUUAAACGUAAAUAUCCUGAUCUCAAACGCAGAGUAGUUGAUAUGGAAGAGAGAAAUUAUUUGAGAGAGAACGGAUUAGUCAGUGAAGCAAUGUGCGAUAUGGGAUUAACUGCGAUAUGCAGCUCAGAAGUACUGGACGUAAUGUGUAGUGAUUUUCCCGACCAGUACGAAGAAUAUCGCAAACACAUGCGCGAGAAACAAGUCAAGGAACAUUCCAAGAAGCAGAAGGAACUGACGGCGGCAGCAAAUGCGGAGAGAAACAGGAUAGAUCUCGCAGAAAUGGCAAUACAAUCCGCAUUUGCGUGGAACGCUAACUUAAAUAAAGCUCGGAAAGAACAGCGCAAAUACUGUUUAGAUCUGCAGACUUUCACGAUUCAUCAACCACAGAAGCAACACAACAAAGUCGAUUCAGAGCACAAAGUGGGUCAUUAUCCAGUUGCUCUGAUACCAGGACAGUAUACCGAUUAUUAUCGGGAAUACACACCAGCAGAAUUGAGAUACUAUCCGCUGAAUACUGUCUUGUAUGGACCUACACGGCCUAAUGAGCGUAAAAGUGAUAGUCAGUCGGAAGGUUCUCAGAGUGACAGCGAUAGCGAAUCGUCUUCCGAUGACUCAAGUUCGUCCUCCAGCGAAGGUACGCAAGAUACGGAAGGGUCACAAUCGACCAUGGACGAAGUGGACAUGGAAAUCUCAAACUCAAAGGAUGAUGCAAAAUUGAAAUGCAAGAUGUGCCUGAAAGUCUUAAAUAAAAAUAACAAGAACGAAAUAUUAAUCCAAUGUGGUACUUGCAAUGGAAACGUUCAUCCAUCCUGUAUAGAUUUAACAUUGGAUAUGGUACCACACAUGCAAUCGUAUGCGUGGCAAUGCACCGAUUGUAAAACGUGUGCGCAAUGCCACGAUCCCGCAGACGAAGACAAGAUGCUUUUCUGUGAUAUGUGCGAUCGUGGGUAUCAUAUCUAUUGUGUUGGUUUGCGACGAGUACCACAGGGAAGAUGGCAUUGUCAGGAGUGCGCCGUAUGCGCAAACUGCGGCUCGAGGGAGCCCGGCGGUGCCAAUUCGGACCGGAACAGCGUUGCGCAAUGGCAGCACGAAUAUAAAAAAGGCGAGAAAAAUACUCGGGUAUACGUCUCAACGCUCUGUGUACCAUGUUCGAAGCUGUGGCGAAAGGGUCGCUAUUGCCCGCACUGCAGUCGCUGUCAUACCACCCAAAGACUCGACCUGGAAGCGAAUCUAGUGCAUUGCAGCGCAUGUGACAAGUAUCUGCACUUAGAAUGCGUGGAGACCAAGGGAGUAGUGGUUGAUAAGAAAAAUUAUCUAUGUGAUUUCUGUACACCGUCGACCAGCCAGCACGCGGUAAAGCCUUUAACGUCGAAGGUGCUCAAAUCGUGAAUAUGAUUGUUGUAACAUUACCGUAGACGAGGAAAAAAAUAUUAAGCUGUAUAAAUACUAAUAAUGCUAUUGCAGUGUAUAUUAUAUUAUAUUAAAGUAAAUAAGUUUUUUAUUGAGUGCGUUUGUGUGAACAGAUACGUGCAAGAUUUUCUCCUGGAAUACUACAUGACAAACUAAUUACAUUGUACAUAGCUGCCGAUUGAGUCAUUUAACUUUUACUUAUGGAUUUUUUAUGUAUUAAUUAUCGCCAUAUAAAAUGUGAAUUGUUUAGUAAAAAAAAAGACUGAAUGUUUAGUUUCAAUGACAAACGUAUCAAAAUUAUGAGAUAUACCUGUAUGCAGAGUGUAUGAAAAAUCGCGCACUUUCUCUCGAUUAUAAGUUCUUUGGCAAUUUGAAAUCGAUUUUUAUAUAUCGUAACUUUGUUAAACAUUCAUUUUGUAACCCUUUUCGUAUACAAUUUUUUUAAAUUAAUUUAGUAUUGAACCGAAAGAUAAGACGUCAUUACAUAUUCAUUAAAUUACAUCGAAAUUUUAUCAUUUAUAAAAAUAUAAAUGCAGAAUAAGAGCAAUUAUUUUUCACAUACUAUUACGAGAUUGAAAGCGAGUGAUUUUCUGAACGUUCUGUAUAGGUAAAGUAAUCUAUGUAAGAAUCGAAAUUUCUUUGACCGUAUCUGGCAAUUUUAAUAAUACAGAAAAUUUAUUGCAAAAAAUGGCAUAUGAAUUGUAUAUGCCUUGGUGGUCGAAUUGGUUGAGACGCCUGUCUAGAAUGAAGGGAGGUCCAGAUUCAAACCCUGGCUGAGG